AAACUUAUUAAAUAGAGUUUUGUUUAAUAAUGGCGCAAUAUGCGAAUUUCACAAAUGACAGAAGUCAACAGGAAAUCGAGAAGCGUUUUAACGAAGCGGAUGAUGAAAGGAAAUUGUUCGUCGGCGGUCUCAGUUGGAAUACUACUGAUGAAGACCUACUGCGCUAUUUUGCGAGAUUUGGCGCAGUUGAAGAAGCUGCAAUGAAAAGAGACAGAAAUGGAGUACCUCGGGGCUUUGCUUUCAUCAUUUAUAUGGAGACUGCGAGUGUGGAAAAAGUGAUGCAAUCUGGUUCUCAUGUCCUGAACAAUCGCAAAAUUGACCCGAAAAGAGCGAGGUCUGAGAACACAAAUGGAAAAGCAAGACCAAGGAAGAUUUUUGUCAAGAACUCGAAAGCUUGCUCAGAGGAAGAGCUACGAGAAUACUUUGGGCAUUUUGGAGAGAUCACGAAUAUUGAUUUGCCAGUCUACACAAAUGAUGACAAUACUUUCAGUAGAAGAGAGUACUGCUUCAUCGAAUUUGACAGUGAACAAGCUGCAAUUGAUGCGUCUGCUGACAGCUCACAUACAAUUGGUACCACAACUGUUGAGGCAAAGAAGUUUGAUGUCAAACACUCCGGUGCAGCGGUGUCCAAAGGCGGUCCUCCUGAUUUAGUGAGAAAGCACAAGCAGCGAUUUGCUCCAUACGGAAUGGGAGGUUCUCAAAACAUGGGCUAUGGCAACCCAGGAUUCAUGAAUCAGUUCGAUGGUUCCUCAAUGGGCAGCAUGAUGGGAUACCAGCAGUCUCCCAACAUGCAUACGAUGAGGGGUCCGCAGAAUAUGGGAGCUCCUCCACAAUGGGGAGCUGACCCUAUGAAUAUGGGUUUCGGAGGGGGGCCUAGAUUCAACAACCAGAUGGAUCAAUUCGGGGGGUUUAAUGGCUACAGUGGCAUGUCUAACCAGUCGUUUGGUGCCCGUGAUAUGAACAUGGGAGGAGGCGGAAUGCGAAACAUGGGCGGCAACAAUUUUAUGGACAUGAACAACCUGCAUGGUGGAAUGCCUGUUCAGAACCCGGGCGGCUUCUACAACUCCACACCCCAUCAUAACUACAUGGGCAAUAACAUGACAUCCCCGAAUAACAGAAGAAACAAUAUGGGGGGCGGGUUUUAUGGGGGGUCUGGACAUCGCCAAGAAAGGUCAUACGGAAGGGGUGGCGGAAGAGGAGGAGGGAAUUUCAACCAGAAUAGUAACAUGGGAGGCCGCGGAGGAUUAAAUGGGCAACAGGCAAUGAUUAAAAAAGAGUUCUAGAAAAUAACGUUCAAAUUCCUGAAUUGAAUGUUUUCCGUCAAAUAAGACGACAACUCUUAAAACGACAGUCAUGUCAUCAGAGAAUUUAAGAAGAUAAUUAGUAGAGAUCAAAG